AUGACCUCACCAGCCGCAACGCCGGCCGAAGAUACACAACGUCCCUUGUCCGAGUCCAUCGCCGCCGCGACCCGAUCUGUUCAUGCAAAACUCAACAAGAUUAUCAUUGCCCGCCUGCCCUUGGCGAUCCCGCCCCGCGCCGUAGAUCCUUCACUCUACGCUUCCGGCCUCCUUCACAUCACGCCCAUCUACGACACCUUUGAGUCAUUAUGGAAGACUAUUGCAGAAUCACCCCAACUUCCUUCCACUGACGAGGCCGAUGACGAGUGUAAAUCAAACCAAGUUGACCUUACACCAGUCUCGAACAUCGAAUCUAACUUGCGACACCAACCUGCUCUUUGCGAGCGGACACGCUCAAUACUAACGUCGCUGUACCUACCCGGACUCAUGCGUUCUGAUCGUCUGCGAGCUGAUCUUGGUUCCAUCACCGGAUGGUCCCCCGACGUUGUGAAUGAGCAACUUACAGCGAUCUCUCAGUCAGGACGGCUAGCCGAGUUCACAAUGCACGUUAGGCGCACUAUUGAGAAGAAGCCCCACGUCCUGAUGGCAUACUCGUACAUCUUGUUCAUGGCCCUCUUUGCUGGCGGACGUUUCAUCAGAGCAACACUCGAGUCUGCGGGAUCAGAAUUCUGGGAGCAAACGUCGUCGCCGAUUCCACCAUCGCAGAUGCCCUGCCAAGAACGCACAGCACCAUCGAACGCUGCUAUUCCCAACGCAACACCGGUUGACAUGUCACGGGGUGACGACCGUGGGAAGAUUGAAGUCGGCGCAAAGCACAUGCGUCAUUCUCUACCCCUGGGCUUCUUCCACUUUGCGACGCCCCUGGACGGCGAGGACCUCAAAAAAGAGUUUAAGAAACGGCUAGCGGAAUCCGAGCAUCUCCUGACACCGCGUGAGAGGCAUGACAUCAUCCAAGAGGCCGUCUGCAUCUUUGACAAUAUGUUGCUGCUCGUUGGGCAGCUGGACAAUGUGUGUGACACGGACUUGGAACAUGGACCUUCCGUCUUGGAAUCAUGGGCAUCAUUGGUACCCGGCGGUCGUCUACGCGACAGUGUAGCCAUUGCUCGAGACAGGAAGAGGGAGAAGACGGUCUCGAAGAGUUCCGAGGACAGCGAGAAAUCUGAUUCGUGGCUCUCAAGGCAUACGAGGCAAAAGGCAUGUGAGACUUCACAGUCUCACGCUUUGAGCGACCUGGAAAAACAGCCCCCGGCAUGCUGUCCGGCCUCCAAGUCUAUGAGAUUUGAGCCGAAGCUAGCGGUACCAAGCAGAAAGAACAAGGGCCAGACGUUCUCGACAGACGGCGCGCUUAACGCAACGUCUUCCACAGGAGGUGUGGCGUCGAGGCAGGGUCAGCUAUCACGCUCUGCCACUUCCUUGAUAUCUAACAUUAUCAUCGUUGCAGGCUUAGCUGCCAUUGCCAGUAUAUUCUUUCUAGUAAGGAAGAUGGGAGCGAAGGGCGUGUAG